ACUCUCUUGUGAGCUCUUCUCGCCCCUCUGCCCAACCAAGAACAUGACUACAAAUGGAGCUCUGGUGUUAAUGUUCUCCAUGGCUCUUCUGGUGAGCCCUCAGGAAUCGUGGGCUAUCAAAGAGGAACACAAGAUCAUCCAGGCCGAGUUCUACCUGGCCCCUGACAAAAUAGGAGAGUUUAUGUUCGACUUCGAUGGUGACGAGAUUUUUCAUGUGGAUAUGCAAAAGAGUGAGACAGUCUGGCGACUUACAGAAUUCGGGCAGUUUGCUAGUUUUGAGGCUCAGGGUGCAUUGGCCAACAUCGCUGUGGACAAAGCCAACCUGGACAUCAUGAUGAAGCGUUCCAACUACACUCCGGGCAGCAAUGUGCCUCCAGAGGUCACCGUGCUCUCCAAGGGCCCCGUGGAGCUGGGAGAGCCCAACAUCCUCAUCUGCUUCAUUGACAAGUUCUCUCCACCCAUGGUCAAUGUCACCUGGCUUCAAAAUGGAAAACCCGUCACCACAGGAGUGUCCGAGACCGUCUUCCUGCCCCGGGAAGACCACCUUUUCCGCAAGUUCCACUACCUCACCUUUGUGCCCUCCACUGAAGAUGUCUAUGACUGCAUGGUGGACCACUGGGGUUUGGAAAAGCCUGUCCUCAAGCACUGGGAGUUUGAAGAACAAACGUCCCUCCCAGAGACUACAGAGAAUGUGGUGUGUGCCCUCGGUCUGAUUAUGGGCCUGGUGGGCAUCAUCACUGGGACCAUCUUCAUCAUCAAAGGCAUGCACAAGCAGAACGCCAGGGAGCAUCGCCAAGGGAACCUGUGAGGCUCGUGGAGGUGGCGACCUUCGACGGAAGAUCAACGAAGAAAUUUCUGCUGUAAUAGUUUUUGGAAGAUGACAUUAUUUAGUGCUUUGCCUCCGUGAAAAUAUUCACUUCAGCAGUUUCCAGCGUUAAACCUUAGGCGUGGUGUGUAAUGUCUAGCUGGGUUCCCCUAUCCAGGCUCUGUUCUGUGUCUGUUUGGCCUCUGUCCAUUUUCUCACUGCCAUGCAGUUCCGCUGUGGCAAAUACCACAGGAUUCUGUCUCUGCCACGGAGCUUCCGGGAGAGGUGCCUCCUCUGUACUUUUGGCUUCAGGUGUCUCUGAACUGUGACCUGUUGUGCUACAUCCAAUAAACUUUGAUGGGUCAUGUGGA